AUGCAGUGGAGAAGACGCCACUGUUGUACACGGAUAGCCAAACUCGCCUUUUUCCUCCCACUGCUGGCUCUGCUGAUCUCUCUGCUUCAUCAUGUUUGGCAAAAUAUCACAGCAGGCAAUUCGGGGCUGUCCAAAGUUGAAGGACAUUAUGCAGACAAAUCAAUAGAGAACGCAAUCAUUUCUAUCUGGACGUCUGUCAAAGGCAAAGAAAACAUCACCUCCCAUGGGAAGCAAAACAUCUCCUCGACUCAGAGUGGCGCAGCUUUGGAGCAAUCAAAGUCAGCCAAGGCCAACCAAAGUGAGGGGGAAGACAUUCAUGAUGCUGUGAUCCAUGGCCUUUUCCCUUAUAUCAUCAACGAACCAGACAAAUGUCGAGAGAGUCAAGCAGCACCAUUUCUGGUGUUCAUAAUAACCACAGAAGCUUUGCAGGUGGAAGCCAGGGAUGCAAUACGACAGACCUGGGCGAACGAGACUUUGAUCCAAGAUGUGGGAGUCGUGCGCCUCUUUCUGCUGGGAAAACACGAGGGGGAGGUGGGAACUCACCAGCAAAGGAUGCUCCAGGAAGAGAGUCAAAAAUAUAAUGAUAUAAUACAGCAAGACUUCCUGGAUUCAUACAAAAACCUGACGCUAAAGACCUUGAUGGGUCUGCAAUGGGUGGCACGGUACUGCUCGCAGGCCAGCUAUGUCAUGAAAACGGACAGUGACAUGUUUGUCAACACGGAGAACCUCAUCCAGGAGCUGCUCAGGCCAGAGCUAAAGCCCAAAAGGAACUACUUUACAGGAAAACUUAUUAGCAAUGAUUCACCCAGUCGGGAUAAAAAGAGCAAGUUCUACGUUUCCAAAGAGGAGUACACGAAAGCGAGGUAUCCCACCUUCUGCUCUGGGACCGGUUACGUGCUCUCCGGAGACUUGGCGCUCAAAAUUUACACAACAUCUCUCAGUAUGCGUCAACUGCACCUGGAGGAUGUGCAUGUGGCACUGUGCCUGGCCAAGCUUGGAUUGAAACCCAUCGAGCCCCCCAGUGUAUUUCUGUUCAACCACUGGCGGGUGCCCCUCACAAGAUGCAAGUACAACCAUCUGAUAACGUCGCAUGGCUUUCAGCCCGAGGAAAUAAUUCAAUACUGGAGGAUCCAGCAGAGCAACAAGAAAAAAUGUAGAACCAUUUUUUUAGGAAACUCGUAA